CUUCCCAUAUUUCUUCACACAACCCAAUAGGAAAACAAUGGAAGCCAUUUCUUCUAAGCAUCUUCUGACAAAUCUCUUGCUGAUUUUUGCUUCUAGUUUCAGCACACUCUGUGCCAACACAGGCAUUGAAAGACCACACCAAGAAGCCAACACAGUGUUCAUCAGAACAUCUUGCAGUUCCACAACUUAUCCGAGACUCUGCUAUAGCUCCUUAGUGAGGCAGGCAGAGUUGAUCCAAACAAAUCGUGUGCUUUUAACGGGCGCCGCCCUUAACGUGACUCUUGCAUCGGCGAAAUCGACCGCAGCUGUGGUGUCGAUGAUGGCGAAGAGGCAGGGGCUGAAGCCCAGAGAGGUCGCAGCGAUGAAAGACUGUGUGGAGGUGCUGAGUGACUCGGUGGAUGAACUCAGAAGGUCUAUCGAUGGGAUGAUUCAUCUCAGAACCUCCAAUUUUGAGAUGACGAUGAGUGACGUACAGACAUGGGUGAGUGCUGCUUUGACUGAUGAGAACACUUGCACAGAUGGAUUUCAAGAGAGUCCCACCGCUGCCGCCGCCGCCACCAUUGGUGGUACAAACACUAAGACCCGUGUGAGAGGACUGGUUGUGCAGGUAGCCCAAUUGACCAGCAAUGCCUUGGCUUUGAUUAAUCAGCUAGCUAAUCAAGGUUAAUUAACUCCACAGCUAGCCAAAAUUGCUGUGCGUUGUGCGUGUGCGUGUACGUGUUAUAUUACAGAACAUCCAUUUAUACUUAAUGUCUCAAAUACAGACAUCAUCUGAUUCCAUGUUUCUUAGAUUUUCCUCCUUAUAAGGUUAAGGUAAUAGUGCUGUGUUCAAUUUCAUUUUAAGUGAAAUAUUGCAAUAUGUACAUAACAGUUAGUUGAGAGAUUUAUGUGACGGCUACAAAGUGUAAGUGGCUGGAGUAAUUCUGGUGGUGCUGUGAAAUAGGUCCUUCUAUUGUAUACUUCUUAUUGUUUUUUGUCUUGGUGAACUAUUUGUAUAAUUAUUAUAGAGUGAAGUUCGUAUUAGAAUAUGAAGCUUUUCAAUUA